AUGAAGCUUGCAAAACUGAUUCGAGUGCUUAUUCUAGGAGCUCCUGGUACUGGAAAGGCCAUUCAAUGUAGGAAGAUCAAUAGUGCCUUCCCUGCUAUAAGAUGUCUUUGUGCUGGAGACAUUAUUCGUACAGAGAUGCCAAGAGGGUCUCUGUCUAGCUUUCUAGUGACCAGACUCAUGGAAGAAGGACGGGUUGUUCCUGAUGAUAUGAUGAUUGCAUUGACACAGAACCAUUUAUUGGAGAAGGACUUGCUCAGUACAUACAAGUCGUGGGCGAUACUGGGUAUUCCAAGAACAGAAAACCAGGCCAUAACUCUAGAUAAAGAGUUGAAGCGUCACAAUGCUGGGGUGAAUAUGGUUAUUGAGUUGGAUAUUGAUGAUGAAACGCUUCUCAAGCGAGUCCAGACAAGAUGGAUCCAUCCUCCUUCAGGCAGAGUAUACAAUCUCAAUGAUAACCCGCCAAAGGAGAAACUCAAAGAUGACGUUACUGGCGAGCCGUUACAACAGCGUCCUGGCGACGUAGCUGACUUGUUCAUGCUGCGUUUGAGGGAGUAUAGAGAAGAGGCCGAGAAGAUCAGGAAUCACUACUCGAAAAGAGGCAUUUACCAUAAAAUCCAUGGCCAGACGACCGAAAACAUGUUCCCUAAAAUCAGAGAUUUGCUAGCCCUCAAGUUUGGCAGAAUGGACCCUGCAAACUUUGACCUGGAGAGUCUCCAAGGAAGGUGA